AUGUUCGAGAUGCGAUCUUCAAUGCUAAACGCUCGUGUUGCACUUGCCAGUGUGAUUAUUGCUGCCACCCUCUGCGUUCAGCUUUCGGAGGCCCGACACAGCCUUGUGCCGAGGGUAUGUCUAACUGCCCCGGGACAGUCCUACUCCUGUAGCAGGUGCAACUCAGGUGAUGAUAACAGCAUUUUUAGCCAGAUGCACUGGGUGCAUUGUAGUGCGAAUCAAAACCCUGGGGGCGUCGGGGGCUCGGAUGUGACGAUUGUCGAAACCUCGUAUUUUAAUGUCAACCACGACACGAAGCUGAUCGGGGUGCAGGGGCGCGAAGAGGGCGGGUCUUCACAAACCUACUAUACAUGUCCCAUGAGUUCAAACUUGCAAAGGCCUAAGACAGAACGUCAGGCAUUGAAUUUGUACAAGGUUGGCUAUCGUGAUUAA